AUGUCCAACUCAUCUGGGGGGAAACAACCCGAGUCCGUUCCUUCGUCCUCGUCUUCGUCCUCGUCCUCGUCGGCCACCUGCGAGGGCCAACAGGACGGAUCGGGAAGGGAACAAACCGAACAAACACAAUACAUGGCGGCUAAAUCGACACCGGGCUCGCCAGCCCAGAUCGCCUCUGGCUCUUUGUUUUCGGUGCUGUCUGCGUAUUCCGCAGACGAGGAGAAGCAGGCGAUCUCCCUGGAGCUGUCGAUUGACAACACACUGCCGCAGCAACAGCAGCGGCUUGGCCACGGUGGUGCCAAUGUCGCAGACGGCAGCGUCGAUGUUGAAAAGACACCGAACCGACCACACGCCGGCUCCAGUGCGGCCGGCUCCGCCGCCGCUGCCUCGGCAGCUGCGGCGCAGGAAGAGGCCGGCGGGGAGCAGGAAAAACAAGAAGAGGGCAAGAUCGGCCAGCUCAAACGCCUGCUACGCCGCCACACAACCGUCAGCAGACACCAGUCCCACCCGCACUGGCUCGAAGACGCCGCCAGCCAGCAGUCCGACGAAGUUGGACUGCUGGAGCGGUUCAUCAACCUGACAGGCGGCGGUCUCGUGCCUGCCAUCGUAGACACCUCACAGAAAACAACGGACCUGGAGAACGGCGAGGCGGCUGUUUCCAGCGCUAUCGCAGAUAUGGAGGUAGCCGCCCAGCAAAUCGUACAAGCGCACCACCAGUCUGAGGAGGGUGCUGCCGGCGACAGCAGCACCAACGGUUCUUCGACAGGCACGGGCAGCGAGGCAACGUGCGUGCCGCCCUUAAUGGAGCGGUACGAUGAUGAGUUCAACGAGCGGUCAGACGACAAUAUCAGGCGGUCAUCCGACUUCAUGUACGUGGCGCCCCCGCAGCAUGUGCGCAGCGGGGUGCUUGGGUCCCUUUUGCGUCUGUAUCGCAGCAGCGGAGACACGGCGGCAACGGUAUCGCCUAGGGGUGGAGUGGCGGAAGGCAGGAACCCAGACAGAGAAGCUGCGGGAACUCCGGGAAUACGGGCGGAUGGGCCCAAGCAGAAGCGGCCAAAGGCAAUGCGGCUUGCUAGCGCAGCGAAACUUAAACGAAAAUGGGCGGCUGGGGCGUCGGAGGCACGGAUCACGGUCCAUAUCGCGGACUUGCUACAGCGGCAUAGGUUCAUCGUGCGGCUGUGUCAGGCGCUAAUGCAAUUCGGGGCGCCGACGCAUCGGCUGGAAGAAUACAUGGUGAUGACGUCUCGGGUUUUAGAGAUUGACGGGCAGUUCCUUUAUCUGCCGGGCUGCAUGUUGGUGUCGUUUGGGGAUUGUACUACUCGGACUUCGGAUGUUCAAUUGGUGAGAUGUACACAAGGACUGGAUUUGUGGAGGCUGCACCAGGUGCAUUCGAUAUACAAGCAGGUGGUACAUGAUGUUAUUAGCGUUGAGGAUGCUAGCAGGACGAUUGAUGGUAUUUUGGUGGCGAAGAAGUUGUAUCCGGAGUGGGCGUGUGUUUUUCUGUAUGGGUUUUGUUCGAGUUUGGUGACGCCCUUUGCGUUCGGCGGGGAUUGGGUGAACAUGCUGGUUUCUUUAGGUAUUGGAUGUUGUGUUGGUUUGUUGAAGUAUAUUGUUGCGCAGCGUUCUAAUGUGUAUUCGAAUGUGUUUGAGAUCACGGCGUCGAUUGUGGUGAGCUUCUGUGCGCGGGCGCUGGCGUCGAUUCCCAACUCGAACAUUUGUUUUGGGGCUACUGUGCAGGGGUCGUUAGCUUUGAUUUUCCCUGGAUAUAUGAUUCUAUGUGGGUCGUUGGAGCUACAGAGUCGGAAUCUAGUGGCGGGGUCGGUUAGGAUGUUCUAUGCGGUUAUAUAUUCGUUGUUUAUUGGGUAUGGGAUCACGCUUGGUGCGGCAUUGUUUGGUUGGCUAUAUGAGGGGGCGACUAACGAGACGACCUGCGAACGGAACGUGUCGCCAUGGUUUCGGUUCAUCUUUGUUCCUCUGUUUUCAAUGGGGUUGUCUUUGAUUAACCAAGCGCGAUGGACGCAGCUUCCUGUGAUGGUUUUCAUUUCGUACGUGGGGUACAUGGUAACCUAUUGGUCUGGGAAGCACUUCUCUGGAUCAACCGAAUUCACCGCCUCACUGGGGGCUUUCGUGAUUGGGAUUAUGGGCAAUUUGUACUCGAGGAUAUGGAAGGGGCUCGCGAUGACGGCCAUGUUGCCCGGGAUUCUGGUGUUAGUGCCAUCCGGCAUUGCGUCAAAGAGCACAUUGUUGUCCAGCGUGGAAAACGCCAAUAAUAUUGUUUCGAACAAGACUUAUAAUGGAAUUGACAAUGUUAAUAGUGGAACUUCAAUUUCGUUUGGUAUUGCAAUGAUCCAGGUAUGCAUUGGCAUUUCUGUCGGCCUGUUUGCGUCUACACUCUUCGUCUACCCAUUCGGCAAGAAGAGGACAGGUCUGUUCACCUUGUAA